AUGCGAGCCCUGCCGGGUGGCCUUCCCACUGGACUGGGGGGGCCUGUGCCGCUGCCUAACAAGAUUACCAGCGCCUCAGGCCGCCUUCAAGAUGCGAUAAACUAUCUCUUCCCCGAGAACUCCCCCUCUGAAACCGUCAAAAUUCAGUCUCACGACUUCAACAACUUCUCCACUCAAUCUUCUCCCCAUUCAGCUCACCUUUCGGUCGACCUGAAUUACAGCCCUGCUCUGAAUAGCAUCAGCUCCAGUUUCCCUACAACCGCCAACAUUUCCAACUCAGACUUUCCAGUCUUCACCACGGACUCCCAGUCAACAUGGCCUCCCCUACCAGCUUCCGCCCUGCCGGCACAACCCGAGCAAUCACCACAUCUGAGCCCAGCACAGAGCCCCCAGCAGGACUUCGUCUUGUUCGACAAUCCUCCGCCUCCCAACGCUAAUCGGUCUUCGGUUCCGCUGUCCAGUCAGCGUCGUCACUCGUACAAUAAUCGUUUAGAAAAGUCUGUUGCUUCUGCCCUUCAAAAUCAGCGAGUUGCACAGCUUCUCCAUACUUUUGGACAUCCUUCAUAUCCCGUCAACGCCAAACGUGUCUCCAACAGCAAUCAGUUUUACGCCUCUUCGGCACCAUCCUCUACUGUUUCCCUGAAGCAACGGUCUUCAAGCGCCCGCCCCCCCGUUCCCCUCUUCAACCAGAACAUCGGUGACGCGGACCAAUCCGGCACGAUGAUGAACGCAGCAGAUGUUAUCCUGGAUGAUCUUCCCAUCUUUGAUGGCGAAGCCUCCAACACUGCUUUCUCCUCGCCCGCGAUUCCAACCUCCUUUGACUUCAGCGGCAGCAUGUCCAGCUCCGCCUCCAACUUGGGAACUGUCUCGCCCCACGACCUUUUGGUCCAGGAGCCUUUCAUGUCCGCCCCCAACUCGGCUGCUCUCACUGCCUUGACCUCUCCGUCAAUAUACAAUGAGUCUCCCGACUUUGAUGGCUACGAUGUCUCUCCCAACUUUGAGACGGCCGACUUUGGGCACCCAAGCGAUUCUUGGUAUCCCUUGUUCCCUCAGGAGUCGACUCUUCCUGAGGCGACCAACCCAGAGGACUCCCCCAACCAAGGCUCCGAUUCUGAUUCUGUCGGCCAGGCUUCUGGCGGCAGCCGACGCCGGCCUAGCGGCUCGCCUACCAACGGCGGUCGCUUGGCUGCGGCUGCUGGUGUCAACGCGCGCAAGCGCGAUAAGCCUUUGCCUCCCAUCAUCAUCGAAGACCCCAACGACGUUGUCGCUAUGAAGAGAGCUCGCAAUACCCUCGCUGCUCGAAAGUCACGUGAGCGCAAGGCUCUGCGCUUCGACGAGCUCGAGGACAGAAUUGCGAAGCUCGAAGCUGAGCGCGACCACUGGAAGAAGAUUGCUCUGUCUCAAUCUGGUGCCCGAUAG